AUGGACUAUACCGAUGGAGAGGACCUCGGAAUGGCGCUGGUCGUUCCAUCUUAUUUUCUUUUCUCGUUCGUCUUUUUUUUUGCUCUGGCUGGGCGUCGAGCCAAGUGAAGACGCGACUGACCGUGGGGAGGAGAUGGAGUAGUAGAUGGAGAGUGCAGAGACAUCUCCUCGCCGAGAGCCGGAGCAGAUAGCCGCCAGCCGAAAUCGCGGCCGGCCGCGUCGUCGUUGCCGCCACAGCAGCAGCAAAAAAAAAGUGGGCGGGGCGACGGCGCAAUGCGCGGCUGGCCAGUGCCGCAAAAACGCGUUGGUCGGCGCAUUGCGGCGGCCGCCGUCGAUGUGCCCCCAGGGCCGACGCACAAUUAA